AUCUCGCAGUCUAAAAUUCAGUUCAGUUUUAACGCGACUCGAAGCCGGUUUUUUUUGCUAUAUUCAAUUUGUGAUUUCGUGGAAAUUUUGUUUGUUAUUCAAAAUGCGAUUCGCUCUGUUUGGUUUUCUAGCAUUGUGCCUGUUGGCCUUUGUCGUGGCUUCUCCUGCCAAGGACAACAAGAAACCGGCAACCAACGCAUGCCAGAAGGACUGUGGUGAAGUGUACGAUCCGGUCUGUGCCAGAGCCAAGAACAGCAGCAAGGAGAAACUCAUUACCUUUGGUAGCCCCUGCGUAAUGGCCAACUACAACUGCCAGCAUGCCGACGAUCCAUUCGAGCAGAAGGCCAAAGGUGAGUGCGGCGGUGGAGUGAGUGUUCGUCUCUCUUAAGGACAGUCCAUAUAAGCUUGUAAUCACGAAAUGGUGCAAUAAAAUAUUCACAUGUUUUCUAUUCCAA